AUGCGUGCAUUACGUCGCCUUUUCUCAUGUACAACUCCUUCGAGGCCCCAUAAGGCAUCAUCACCAAGAAGGACGCGUUCCUGGUCACCACAGUAUGAUGGACGUGAAAAUUUUCUGUCGAAAGAGGAGAAACAACUUCGCUGGGCUUUUCGCAAAAACCAACCUCUGGACUUUGGACGUAAGACGAACGAAGCUGAGAUAAGUCAGCCAGCUGGGACUACAGAAGCAGCAGUGGUACCUUCAGAAGCAGCAGCAGUGGUACCUUCAGAAGCAGCAGUGGUUUCCUCAUCGCAGCCGUCGUCACCAGCCUCGUCUAGACUUGCUCCAAGCCCGGAAGUGUCUCCGAAGUCGGACAGCGAUCGCAGUGCCCUAUUUACAACAGCUCCAGAAAGCAGCAUGAAGAACGAGAGGCAUGAAACAUCCAAUGACAGCUUUUUCGAUGCACUUUCUCGAGAGGCCGCAUCUCUGAAAAUUGACGAUACGUCGUCGUGGAUUAAAGCCUGGAUGACCGAAGAAUCGAGUUCGCGUAAAAGUAGAGGUGAAUACACGGGUCCACUGAUUGACUCAACUCGACCAGCCUACCAGCUAAAAUUAGCCCGUUUUCUUGCAAAUAUGACCUCAAGUACGCCGAAAUUGAAAUAUAGCUGGGCGCUGGAAAGCUGGAUGGCCGGAAAAUCGUUUCCUGAAGGUGAAAAACUUGACAGGCUUCUUGUCAAGAGCUUCGAAAGGUUUCCCAGCGAGGAUUGGCGAGAGGGCAGUCGACCCACUUCAUUUUGUUAUGUACUCAUCGGUAAGUUAAAAAGCUUUGGAACUGAGCCAAUUUUUUUUGUACGAAAAAAAACGGGAUAUGCUUGGAGUGCCUGA